AGCAAACUCCACGCGCAAUGGACUUCGAAAAUAAAGUAGUAAUCAUAACUGGAGCCAGUGCUGGUAUUGGUGCAGACACUGCUUGCGCCUUCGCAAAACAAUCAGCGAAACUUGUUCUCGUUGGACGAAACGAACAAAAUUUAAAACAAAUAGCAAACAAAUGUGAAGGAUUUACAGGUAUCCCAGCUUUGAUUAUUCAAGCCGACAUCACUAUCGAUGCGAACGUCCAAAACAUCGUUGAAAAAACAAUUGAAGAGUUCGGACGAAUCGAUGUGUUAGUGAACAACGCAGGAGUGGGCGUGCAUGGAAGUAUUUUGGACGGGGUUGAGUUAUUCGAUAAUGCAAUGAACCUUAAUAUGCGGUCCGCUUAUCUUCUGACCGGUCUGGCCGCGCCCUUCCUUAUCGAAUCAAAGGGCAAUAUUGUUAAUAUAUCGAGCGUCGCAGGCCUUAAACCGAUCAAAGCGUUUGAGUACUUACCGUACAGCAUUUCAAAAGCUGCAAUGGAUAUGUUUACGAAAUGUGUUGCAUUGGAACUCGGUCCCAAAGGUGUUCGCGUGAACUCCGUGAAUCCUGGUUGCACGAGAACCAAGUUUGUCGUUGCUGCUGGCUUCGGAACGAAUAGUGAAUCACUGUUAGAUAAGUUUGGAAGCACUCUACCCAUGGGUAAAAUAGCUGAAAGUGAUGAGGUAGCUGACCUGGUUGUGUAUCUGGCUAGCGAUCGUGCGCGGAGUAUCACAGGGUCUAUAUACGUUAUAGAUAAUGGCGAAAUGUUGCUUUGAAUCGAGGUUGUCACCCCUUCACAUGACAGUGAUUUAUAGUAGCCAUUUGCAUUAUUUGUUGUACAUCGGCCAUU